AUGUCGUCGCCUGGGUGGUCGAUCCGAGAUGUUCUGGCCGCGGUCCUCGUCGUGGUGUGCUUCGCCUUCGCCUGGCUCAUCUCUUUAGGACCGAACCUGUUUGUCUACCACUAUCCGGACAGGGAGUAUGCGCUGGAACAGCUCGCGAAGAACAAGAACGGCGGCCCUCUGGGUGACUCCUUCUUAGCGGACGAGUCCGCUACGUACUGGGGCCCGCGCUGGAUGUGGUUCGGCCCUCACGUCUUCUCGGCGAUCCUCUGGUGGAACCUUUCCUGGGUGCAGCUCAUCAAGUGGAUCCGGGCAAAGCAUCUGUGGAUCCAUCGCUGGAAUGGCAGGCUCCAGGCGACCUGCAUGCUGGGCCAGAUCAUCACUGGCAUCGGCCUGGCAACCGGCUCCCCCACACCCGGCAUCAAGAUGCUCAGCAUUGCUUAUGGCCUUGCCAUGGCCUACGUCCUCGCGCAGACCAUCUACUACGUCAGGAAGAAGGACAUCGUCCGGCACAAGUACUGGGCCACAAAACUGUUCGGCUACUCCCAGGCAAUUGCCCUGCAGCGGAUUUAUCUUGUCGCCUUCGUCGUGCUGACACUCGCCGACGACGAGAACUCGCCGUACAACGCCAUCACGCCUUCCUCGACCCUUGCUCAGCGCAAUGCCGAGUCCAAGGAGAUCUUCAAUGACUCCUUCACGAUGUGCAUCUUUACGGCCAUCGUCUUGACAGAGUGGUACCAGGCAGCUGACCACGAUGAGCUUCUGGAGUAUCGGGCCAAGGAGGCGAAGAUGAAGCUCCCCUUGGAGCAGCCAUUGGUGCGUUGA